CCUCAUGACAUCCCGCCGCCUUCCAUCAUAGUUUCUUUCCUUUUCCAAAACACCACCACCAAAUUCGAUCAUAUAUCAUCACCAACUACUUACCUAGGUAGCCAACGUAUAACUACCCACUUACAACCGCUUACGCUUUCACACAUUCAUCAUGGGUUCCGUCGUACUUCCCCAUCUCAACACCGGCUGGCAUGUGGACCAAGCCAUUCUCUCAGAGGAAGAUCGCCUCGUCGUCAUUCGCUUCGGCCGCGAUUGGGAUCCCGAUUGUAUGCGCCAGGACGAAGUGCUGUACAAGAUCGCCGACAAGGUGCGCAACUUCGCCGUGAUUUACCUCUGCGACAUCGACCAGGUUCCCGACUUCAACCAGAUGUACGAGCUGUAUGACCCGUGCUCCCUCAUGUUCUUCUUCCGAAACAAGCACAUGAUGAUCGAUCUGGGAACCGGUGACAACAACAAGAUCAAGUGGGUUCUUGAGGAUAAGCAAGAGCUCAUUGACAUUUUUGAAACGGUGUAUCGAGGUGCCAAGAAGGGACGUGGUUUGGUCGUCAGUCCCAAGGAUUAUUCUACCCGACACAGGUACUAGUCGUGGAAACGGCCACCGGUAUUUGGGAUUUGGGCGCGGACCGGAGUUGGGCUUGUUUUGAGGUGCUAAUACGUUCAUGAUGGCUGGAGGAAGGUAGGGAUAUUUGGCUUCCGAGUCAAUCGAUAAUGAGACUACGAUACGAUACAUUUCGUCAAGACCAAUAUUCUAUGGACCAAAUGAUAUACAUGUUUGCCGUGGCAACAGUGCAGCCUGGCUUAUGGUCUGGAGAGCAUAUUGCCAGAGGCAAACCAAGAGGUAAGAUUGCUAACCACGCGUAACUGUGCCAUUUAUCUAUGUUGGACUCGUAGACUACUCAUCACGCCUGAGUCAUGACAUCUCGCAUUGCCGAUAUCGUAGAAUCGCGAGCCUCCACAUUGGAACACUGGGAGAAGCAAGGAACAAUCAAAUUGAUUCGAAGUAAUGCGUAUGCUAGCAAAGGCUUAUAAUCCAAACGGCCAUGUUUCAUGGUACUCUCGAGGUGACUUGGGCUGAUGAACCUCCAACGUCCCAACGUGUUUUGACUUGUCAAACCAGAUGAAGCCAUCGAACUGCUCUGGCAAGACGGCAUAUGAGUAAUGCGAAGCCUUCUCCGUUUCAGGCCUAUACAGCACACCAAUAAAUCUUUCCA